AUCAUCAACCGCAAGCAGUUCCCGAUUCGAACGCACCCAAACCUACUUUCGCUUUACAUAAGAAUCGGAAUCAAUUUUGCAAUUUUAAAUUUCUGCGACACAUCUAGCGCAACAUCGUGGUUAGUUGUCGACGUUUUCAUCAUCUGCUGGUAACGACCAAAAGAUGGCGAUGAUCAAGCCGGUGGGCCUGCAGCCAAUGGGCGGGGUAUUGAGAUUGACUGUUAUUUUUGCGACUCUGUGCUCCUCAACUGCAAUACAAAUUUUGUCAGAACAUCAACAGUCAUGAAAAAAUUGACUUUUCUAACUAUGCACCUUGAAACAUGUCACUUGUCAUGCUGUAUUGGAAUUGAGAAACGUUUUGCUUUUGUCAUGCGGAAAGUACUGCAUCUUGUUCAUGUCAUUCCAAACAUUCUACAUUCUACACAUCAGGCCAAGACCCCAGGGAGCGCCAGGGUGCAGGAGCAACCGAUAAAUUCGGAAGAGAAGGGCGGAAUACAAGAGCACUAUGACAAGGCCACUAGCGUUUGCGGUAUAGAGUUUGUUUCAUCCUCGAAAGAUGCGUUGUGAGUUGAAAUUGUACAUGACAAAAUUGAUGAGCCUUGAUGCGCAUUUGCGCAUGACAAAUUCCUACCAAAAACUCCACUCAGGUCACAUCGACGACCUCGUUGCGGCGCUCACCGAACUGUACGAGGACAACGCAAAAUGGAAAAGCAAGUACAUCUCCACAAAGAAGGCGCACUUCUCGAAGUUCUUCGGCGCGUCAAGCACGAUGCUCUUGGGCUCAACAUUCAGGGAGUGGAAAGCCUGGACACACGAGCAGUAAUACUUGGAAAUUAUAAAGUCGCUUUUUCGGGCCUUUUCUGAUCAUGUUAAACAAAUACAAGUGACGUCCGAUGCAACAUAAACUUGGAUUUAUUGCACGACAUGUGAACAACUGAAAUUUUCUUUUUGAUGCCGCACGUCCCAGCGUACUAUUGAUUUUUCUCUCUCCUAAAAACAGGACCGCAGCAAGAAAGUACGACGCAAUGAGAAUGGAACAGGAAAUUGCCGAGCGAGAAUGGAACCUGAAGCUCGAGAACCAAGAGAAGGAGCACGACAAGAGUAUCUAUCUGAUUCUAAGAAAAAUGUCAUCUAUUUUUCAUUCGAUUUUUGUCAUGCCUCGUGCCAUUAUCUAUCGUGCGCAACCUAAAUUUUCUUACAUACAACCGUGGCGGCUCCUGUUUAUGAUCAAUUUCCAGAAACAUCAUCAUGACCCUCCAUAAUCUCAGGACUCCAAGCUUUGGAGGCGAACCACAAGCUGGCGAUCGCAGAGCUCUCGGAGCAGAUCGCGCAGCGAAACACGGAACUCUCAAAACUCGAAGCGGAAAAGGACUCCGUCUUCGGAAAGGGAGAGAAGUCAUACAAAGUCCUGCAGAGUCUCAAGGUAUGACGAGUAUCAUGUUGUUGGUGAAUGAAGAAAUGCAUCACAGAAUUACCACCCAAGUAGGACGAUCAUGUCACAGUACUACUUGUCAUACUGAGCAGGGUCGUAUUUGUUCCUGGAGAUCAACUACAUAACUGUUGCCAUUCUCGUUCUUCAACGAGUCCAUCUAAAACACCACUACAUCAGCACCAACUGGAGGCUCUUGACGACGAGGAAUUUGCCGUGACCUCCGCACACCGGCCAGCACCGGUUAGCACGAACAGCUUCGAUUUCCUGAAGAACCGGCUGCACGACCUGCUGAACCAGGUGGACCCCAAGUACGUCCCACCGCUGGGCUCCCUGUCCCUGAUGCCGCCGCCACAGCCCCUCAGCGGCUCCAUCGGCCACCACGGGGUACACCGAUGAGCGUACUGCAAUUUAUUUGGGUUACCGCAUGACUUUUUUUCCCACUAAUAUGUGCUUGCAUGAUGACUACUUGUGGAUGGGUUUUUGCGCGUGCGAUGCUAGCUCGAUCGUAUGGCUGCGGCGUCUGAGCGGGCCAGUAGUUGUACCAAGUUGACUAAAAUUUCAAACAAACAAAAAACAACAGAGCGCCGUAAUCAGCAGUACCGCGACCCAACCACAGUACACGUACCAAUUUUCGGCAAAGUAAGAAUGGGAAACCAGGAAAAUUUUUCUCGGCCACCACUUUUAUUUCUGUACUAAGUUGUAGUCCGUCGCACAAAUUCAGUAAAUGCAUUUCUAUUUCUUGCCCCAACCGUUUUCAGAAUAGCAACUUUAUCGUCUUGUUCCAUUAAGACUAAGAUGAAACCUCAGUGUUUACAAUAAGACCAGAGUAGCAGGCACGUGAGACUGAGAUGCCGCGACCAUUCCCCGUCCCAGGGGGAGGUGGCUGCGCACUUAUCCGCUGCUUUCUGCAAUUCCGUUUCCCCUCAUUUUUUAUUUCCCAAUAGACCUGUUUACUGUAUUAUGCUAUCGACAGUUUGUGUUUCGAGUUCGACUGGAAGCGCUAGCGCAUAUUCGUUACAAAGAUGAAAUUAAAAAAUGUCAAUGUCAAUCCAGCAAACGUAAUAAUCUUCUUCACGUAUCAAACCUUUAAGUUUAACCCCAAAGACCACUAAAACGCAUAAGAUUAAGAAUCACCUCCUACACAUGUAUACUAUUUGUUUGGGGACAAGAAAUCACACACCUUCUGUUUCUUCAAGCUCCUGUAUGAAUCAAGAGACGAGAAAAAGCGAAAAUGAACUUAGCGACCCAUUGCCGCAUGUGAAUGAUUCCUAUCCUGUUUUUCGCAAGCGUUUUGGAGACGAGAAGGAAAAAUAAACACAACACUUUUGGCGGAUGCACAUUCGCGGGCAAAUCGCAAUUUUCCGCACCAUCAACCGGAACGGGAGCUAACUGCAGUUUAGGGGCUCAAUUAUCG